AUGUGUCUGUACACCUACCACCAUUAUCCCGCGUGCGGGCACAUCGCCAACUGGACGGUGACGAGCUGUAAGGAGUACACCAACAGCCUCCGACUGCUGAGCCACGCAGGUCUGUCGGGAUACUGCAAUCACAUUCAAACUUCCCAUGAUCUUCUGUCAGAACUUGAACCUGAUACUUGUGGCCAGUGCAAUUUUGAGCUACAACAUGCAGUUUUUCAACAAAAUCACAACGCCUCCGGGUUGAAGACUUAUCGUACAAUCGAAGGUCUGAACUUGGCGGUCCCCAUCAUCGAGCUUUCUGUUCGUAUGAAUAUCAACACAAUUGACGAGGAAGAAAAAGAUUACUUUUCGCCGAUUCCCCAGGAGUACCACGGCUGUGAUUGCUACAGCUGCACUGCAUCAACGGCCAGCUCUGGAGCGAGUCUCGAUAACAAGACUCCUUCCGAAGGUAGUAUGGCUGAAGAGGAAGAUACUGCUGAACUUUGGAAAGCUCUACGUCAAGGAUCCUCGUCAAGAGAUAUCUCUCCUUCCUCAACACAGGUAGGUGCCCGGAAAUCUCGCAAUUCCUUGCAUGGUGUUGUCUCUACUAGCAUUGACAGACCUUCUCACCCUCUGGAGUGCCUUAAUACUAGCAAAUUCUGCUCUUGGACACGCUUCGACCUAUCCGACGAGUCAUCCAUGGAAGUUGAGAGCUAUUACCCAUACAGCAACCCUAUCAAUUUUUCUACCAGUUUCUACUCUGACACCGAGCCAGAGCAUUCGUUUUUCGACCUAUCAGAUGAUAGCUUUUACUUGGACUAUGAAAGCGAGGUAGAAGACCCGAAUUCUCUUACUUUCCUUGAUGACGACUCAGAUGCCGAUGACAAGUCGGACAAUGGCUGUGAUUUACCAGAUAAGUUUGACGAAGAGUAUGUGGACAUGUUCUCACAUUUGAUUUCCUCUCUAGUAUCCAACACUGCCAAUGCGCCACUGCCGACAGUGCGAGAUUCUGCGUCGGUGGUCGAUCGACCAGCCACUCCGAUAAUUUGCCCAGCACCGUUGAGAGUGAAAAAGCCUCCUCAACUUCUGUCCCUGGACUCCAUUGUUGAAGACCGUUUGAGUGGGGAGGCCAUUGAAGAGGACGGCCUCGAUCUUCUUGAUGACCAUCACUCUUCGACUUGUGACGAUCCCAGGAGUAGUUUGGGGUCCAGCUGGCUGAUCUUCUGA